UUUCUAUCUCCAAAAUCCAGAAGGAAAUCCUUUCAAUUCUUUAUUUUAUUAUUGCGACGAAAAAAGAAGAGAAGAAAUGCAGGAACAGGCAACCAGUUCAUUAGCCGCCAGUUCUCUGCCGUCAAGCAGUGAGAGAUCUUCGAGCUCUGCUCUGCAACCUGAAGUCAAAGAAGGCAUGGAGAGCGAUGAGGAGAUAAGGAGAGUGCCGGAGAUCGGAGCGGAAGCAGUUGGCACACUAUCCACCGGUCGAGAGGCCGGUUCAUCGGUCGGUCAAGACCGGGCUCAACCCUCGGGAGAGAGUCAAAGAAAGAGAGGAAGAAGUCCAGCUGACAAAGAGAACAAGCGGCUAAAGAGGUUAUUGAGGAACAGAGUUUCAGCUCAGCAAGCCAGGGAGAGGAAAAAAGCUUACUUGAACGAGCUGGAAACAAGAGUUAAAGACCUGGAGAAGAAGAACUCUGAGCUUGGAGAGAGACUUUCCACGUUGCAGAAUGAGAAUCAGAUGCUUAGACAUAUACUAAAGAAUACAACGGCAAGCAGACGAGGGGGAGGCAGCAACGGUUCCAAUCAAGAUGGAACUCUCUGAGAAGAUUGAGAGCCGGAAAUUUGUAAUCUUGAGAAAUGGGAAACGUAGAAUGACAAGGAUUCUACUGUUCUAACUGUUCAUGAUUCUAUAUAAUAUAUUUACAGCCCUUCUCUUCAA